CCCGCGUGGGAGGUCAGCUACGCAUGCGCAGAAUCGACUUACGUGUCAGGGAGGCAACUUUGUAGCUAGAAGUUCUGGUAGGAAACGAAGUAGAAAUCGUCUCCUGCAAGUUGAAGAUUUUAGGGCAGCCAGGAUGAAGGGACAUGUGUGAGGGAUAAUUAGAGAAUUCAUUAAUGUGACUGGUUCUUCCAACAGCCCAGGGACAAUAUGAAGGAGCACACUACAGUAAGGAGUGAACAGAAGCCUGGCUUUCUGGAGCGUCUCAGUGACACCGCAGGGGGGAUGCUAGUCGGGCUCCUUGCUUUUUCACUUUCCUUUUACCUUCUGUUUACGAAUGAGGGCCGAGCUGUACAGACAGCAACUUCCCUUGAUGAAGGGCUCUCCAUUGUUGUUCCGCUGGGCAACAUCCACUCAAUAGACCAUCAAAAUGAAGCUAGCCUAGUGCAUUUGUCAGGAGCACUUCGGACUUCUAAGCCAUUGUAUGAUCCAAACUAUGGAGUUUCCAUUCACUGUGUGAAGCUGAAGCGGCAGGUUGAAAUGUACCAAUGGAUUGAACAUGAAGAAUCGAGAGAGUAUGACGAAAACGGAGAAAAGAAAACCGAGACAAGAUACACCUAUAAUACUGAAUGGCGAUCGGAAAUUGUGAGCAGCAGGCACUUUGAUCGAGAGAUUGCACAUCACAAUCCCAGCGCCAUGGCUGUGGAAUCCUUUACAGCUGUAUCUGCUGAUGUGCAAGUUGGAAGUUACUACUUGUCAAAAGGACUUGUUGAUAAAAUCGAUAAUUUCAAGCAGAUGAGCCUGUCUCAGUUGGGAAACCCACACGCUGAUGUGAUUGCAGAUGGGGGCUAUUUCUACCACAGUGGAAACCCCAAGAAUCCGGAGGUGGGGGACCUGCGCAUUUCUUUCUGGUAUGCUGGCGUGGCUUUGGGCGGUGCUCAAUUUGGACCACCAGAUAUGGUCAGUGUGAUUGCUCGGCAGAGAGGCGGGGAGCUGGGUUCCUAUAAAACGAAAUCCGGAGAUGUGCUGGAGCUGAUACACAUGGGGACUUACAGCGCUCAAGAAAUGUUUGAAGCAGAACACAAAAGUAAUAACCUAAAGACCUGGGCCCUGCGUGGGGCUGGCUGGCUAAUGAUGUUUGUUGGCAUAAGCUUGAUGACCAAAAUAUUAUACACCCUGGUUGACUGGCUUCCUCUGGUGCGGGACCUGGUAAGUCUCGGCCUGAAGAUCUGUGCCUUGUGCGUGGCCUCAUCUCUUUCCCUGCUGACCAUCGCAGCUGGCUGGAUUUUCUAUAGGCCGCUGCUGGCGUUGUUGCUGAGCGCCGUUGCAAUAGGCAUCAUCGUACUUGCAAGGUCCCGCGUGCCUCCCAAAAAGUAUCAAUAGGAACAUGUUGCACUUCUCCAAAGAAAAUUUCUGAUAUUAUGCUGGACUUUAAUAAUGCCACUGAUUGGGAGAGGACACUGUAAAUUAGGGAUGCACCGAAUCCAGGAUUUGGUUCGGUAUUCGGCCAGGAUUUGGCCUUUUUCAGCAAAUCCUUCUGCCCGCCCAAACCGAAUCUAAAUCCUAAUUUGCAUAUGCAAAUUAGGCGU